AUGGAUUUCUCCAAAUUUCUGGCGGACGAUUUUGACGUUAAGGACUGGGUGAAUGGCGCUUUUAAAGUGGCGCAGAAAGACGCGCCUGGGAAAGCGGACGCGCAUGCCGCCACUCUAGUCAUGAAACUCCAGCUCUUUAUACAAGAGGUCAACAACUCUAUAGAGGAGAGCAGUAACCAGGCUUUGCAGAAUAUGCCGCGUGUGUUACGGGAUAUUGAGGCUCUGAAACAGGAAGCAUCUUUCUUAAAAGAUCAGAUGAUAAUGGUCAAAGAGGACAUCAAGAAGUUUGAACAGGACACAGUGAAGUCUAUGCAGGUUCUGGUGGAGAUUGAUCAGGUGAAAUCUCGGAUGCAGUUGGCAGCUGAGGCUCUGCAGGAAGCUGAUAAAUGGAGCACGCUCAGUGCAGACAUCGAGGAGACCUUCAAAACACAGGACGUAGCUGUUAUCUCGGCUAAGUUAGCAGCGAUGCAGAGCAGUCUGACAAUGCUAGUGGACACUCCAGACUACAGUGAGAAGUGUGUGCAGCUGGAGGCCCUGAAGAACCGUCUGGAAGCUCUGGCCAGUCCGCAGAUAGUGGGCGCAUUCAACUCACUGUCUAUAGACCAGGCCAAGCUGUUUGUUGGAGUCUUCUCUGAGAUGGAUAGAAUGCCUCAGCUGCUGGCGUAUUACUACAAAUGCCACAAGGUACAGUUGUUGAGUGUGUGGGAGAGCGUGUGUCAGUCAGACUCUCCGCUGAAGCAGCAGCUCUCAGAGUUCUAUGACACACUGCUGUCAACAUGGCACACACAACUUCAGUGGAGCAGCCAGGUGUUUAAGAAUCCGUACGAAGUGGUGACAGUUUUGAUGAUUCAGACUUUGGCUGCCAUGGUUCCAUCCAUCCCAGAAUGCAUCUCAGUGGCACUAGAACGUUGCCAGGGAGACAGUCGCCUUGACAGCCUGCUGGAGCUCCAUCAGACAGCAGCAAAUUUCAGUCGCAGUCUGGAGACAGCCAUGCUGCCGCACCUCGGUGAGUGUAACCUGUUAAAGGUGGCAGAGCUGGUAGCAUGUGUGUAUUCUCCAUAUAAAAGUUACCAGCUGCAGUACGGAGAACUGGAGGAGACAAACUUACUGAUCCAGCUCAGUGCAGUGCCACUGGAGCGCGGAGAGGUGUUGGACUGUGUGUUGGAGCUCACACACUCUGUACAGAAGGUGUUUGGUUUGGCUGCUGCAGCUGUGGAUCGGUGUGUAAGACUGACGGAUGGUCUGGGUGUGUGUGGACUCAUCAAAGCAUUGCGGGCUCUGUUCAGCAAGUAUGUGUCAGAUUUCUCUGUAACUCUACAGUCAAUCAGGAGGAAGUAUAAACUGGAGGACACGCCCACCUCUGAAGUGUUCAGUGAAGACUGGACAGCUUUCCAGAAUUCAGUCAGAAUCAUUGCGACCUGUGGGGAGCUCCUGAGGCAGUGUGGAGCAUUUGAGCAGCAGCUGUCAAACAAGAUUUUGGGCAAAGCGGGGCGUUUCCUGUGGGAGGGGUUUAACCCAAGGAGUCUGAGUGGUCUGCAGGAGGGGCUGUCUGAGAGGCGGGGCCAGAAGAAUCCAUGGCAGGAAUAUAAUUAUCUCCAGGGCAGCACUGUAGAGUUCAACAACCUACUGGAGACACUCCACUCAAUGAAGGAGAAAGGAACUGGUAACUCCAGUCUGUUGGCUGAUACUCGCUCUGCUCUGACUCGACUGAACCAGCAGGCCAAUCAACUGGCCUUUGACUCCGUCUUCCUACAGAUAAAACACCAACUCUGCCUCCUCAGCAAACCACAGUCCAGAGGUGCUGAUUUGGGAGAAACACUCACUGAGGAUUUGCCCACGUUCAGUCUGUCACCCCAGGAAUACAUCACUAAUAUCGGUCAGUAUAUCAUGUCUCUGCCGUUGCAUUUGGAACCAUUUGUCACUCAAGAGGAUCCAGCGCUGGAGCUCGCACUUCACACCGGGAAAUUACCUUAUCCCCCAGAGUCAGGUGAUGAUGUGCCAGAGCUGGAGAACACUGCUGACUAUUGGCUGGGUUCCAUUGCCAGGGCAACCAUGCAGACCUACUGUGAUGUCAUCCUGCAGAUUCCAGAACUGAGUCCACAUGCCACCAAACAGCUUGUCACUGAUAUAGAUUACCUGAGUAAUGUCAUGGAUGCCCUGGGUCUGCAGACAUCUAGAACUCUUCAGAACAUUGUCAGUCUUCUUCGUGCCAAACCGGACGAUUUUCGCUCCACCGCCAAACCCCUCCCCCGACGCCUGUCCUCCUCCAUCGCAGCCAUGAGGGGCCUGGAGCACUGAGGGAUGGAGGGAGGGAUGGAGGGAGGGAUGGAAAGAUAAAACGAGUGUACUUAACACAGCGGUGUUAGGUUCCAGACUGAAGAGUGGAGGUGAAGGCGGUGGCCGUUUGAGGGGGUGUAGGGUAAACAUUGGGACAGUGACAGGGGAGGGCCCCAGACACCCGUACACACUACAGAACCAUCAGGCUUUGGGCUUAAAACCCCCCCCACUCCCCUCUUAUUUUGGGUCGCCUUGCUUCGCCCCUUUGCCUUUCUCUCUCCACCCUCUCGACUUCACUUUGGGAUUAUCUAAUCUGGGUUUUCAGUGCUGUAUCUCACUUUCUGACCGGUUAUUUUUCGUAUUGGAGGAUUUGUAUACUAAUGCCCAAUG